CGCGCCGGCUGCGGGGGGGGGGGGGGGGGAAGGGUCUCAGAUGAGCGCUCGCGUCGGCCGGCGGAGGGCCGCCGUCGGGAGCCAACCAACCGCCCGCCGAACAGCUGGCGUUUACCUCUGGCCGAGGUCACAGACCUCGCACUAUGUAUGCACAUGCGCGCCGUCGAUUUCGUGCGCCCACCGAGGAGUUUGCGUACAGCCCUCUCGGUUUCACUGAGUCUUACCCAGCAGUACGUCUGAAGAGGACCAGAAAUGGCCAUGCUGAAUAAUGCACCUGGGAACAAUGGCUAACUUGUGAUGUUCACCUGGGAAAAAGGGUCUAUAAAACCAAGCACCAAACAAACCGUUAUCUCAGAUCCAACAGAAAGUUUGAAUUCAGGGGAUCUGCACCUCAACAGGUUUUGGAGUCAGAGUAAGAAUGCUGAAUGUAAUUGCGGUUUUGGCUCUGCUCACAAUCACGGAAGGCACCUCUCAAAAUGAAACUGGGCAACCGUCAAGCCGUGGACUUCCUGAUCCACUUGUUGAGUACAACAUGUGUCCCCUUCCAAACCAAGACUAUCCUUUCAACACAGAUAUGGUCCCAUCUUACUGUGUCUGCAUGCACUGUCAAGGACCAAAAGGGGAUCAAGGUCCUAAGGGAGAUAGAGGAAACUUCGGACCACCAGGAAAACCAGGCUCAACUGGCAUGAAAGGAAUCAAAGGAUUACGAGGACCCUUAGGUCCAAGGGGCUUUAGAGGGAUAAAAGGGCAGAAAGGAGCUCGAGGACCAAGGGGCAUGAUGGGACUCAAGGGGAUUCGAGGACGUCGGGGCUUUCAAGGCCGCAGAGGUCUAAGGGGUAACCCCGGUGCUAAUGGACUCCCAGGUCUUAAGGGAAAUGCAGGUGUGCCUGGUCAGUGUCCAGCUGACUGCCGUAGCGCAAAAGGAGAAAAAGGACAGAAAGGAGAUACAGGUUUCCGUGGUCCAAAGGGAGAUAUGGGUGAACUUGGAAUGGCUGGGGAACCCGGCCUCAAAGGUGAACCAGGAAGCACUGGACUGAAAGGAGACAAAGGUGAUGAAGGAGUGAAAGGUAGCCGAGGGGAUCCAGGUAUUUGUGACUGUGCGGAUGGAGAAAAAGGUGAACGUGGCAAUACUGGACCAAUUGGACCUAGAGGAGCCAAAGGAGAUCGAGGGCCAAUGGGUGAGCAGGGAAAGACUGGUGAAAAAGGAGUCAAAGGUGAUCAGGGAAAAGAGGGUGAAGAGGGACCUCCUGGGCCAUGUGUUCCUACCAUCCAAUCAGCUUUCUCUGCUGGGCGAAGUGCUGAAGAUGGGUUACCAAAUCCAUUUUUCCCAAUACCAUUUACCAUAAUCUUCUACAACAACCAGGGGCAUUUCAAUCCUGCAGUUGGAGUUUACAUAGCCCCAGUUAAUGGAACAUAUCUAUUUAGUUAUCAUUUGUCAAUACUGACAAAUCCUGUUAAAUUGGGACUAUUUAAAAAUCGUAAAUUAAUUAUCAAAACAGCUAACAGAGCUACCCAGGAUCAGGCUUCCCAAACUGUGAUAAUACAUCUUGUUGCAGGGGACAAGAUAUGGUUACAAGUGAAGGAUUCUAGUUUCAAUGGCAUGUACGCAGAUCAGGAUACUGACAGCACGUUCAGCGGCUUUCUCCUUUAUCCUGAUUCCUGUUACCCACUAAUUUCCAGGGGUAUAUUCCCAGCCAUUUUUGAAGAUGCUUCUAAUUACUACAAUCCCUAUUUCGAUGAUGAAAACCCAACACCUCCUGCAGAUGAUGGCUCAGGUUCUGGUUCUGGCUCCAGGAACAGCUAUGAUUCUGGUUCCAGUUCUAGUUCAGCACUUGAUUCAUUUGAGCCCAGUCCUCCUAAUGCCAGUGAAGCCCCAUCAUAGAGGCAAAAAAACUUUAAAUCCCACAGAAUGCAAAGUGAAAACUCAUGCCCACCAACUUCAAGCCUGUAAUGACUACUUGCAGUCGUAUUUUCAGCUAUAAUCACCAAUUAGGCUAACUAGUUCACAAAGGAAGCAUCCAAAAUAUUGAUUUAAAUAUGCUGUAAAAUCAUGAGCCAAGGCUUGUAGUUUUUUCAUUAUGCUAUAUUGCAAACAAACCAUUAUUGCCAUUUGCUAACUAGGAAUGAAAACAGUAAUUCUUUCUUUUCCCUCUGAAGUCUGGCAACUUUAUUUUCUCUUUCAUAUUCGUAAAUUUAUAAAUCUAAAGAAAGUCACAUUUCAGGUAUGUUGACUGAUGCCUUAACGGUUGGUUCCCUUUUAUGAUUACACUCACAUACUACUUUUUGGAGCAGGCAUUUUCUUCACUAACCAUACAUGUUUAGCUGUUAACUGAAGGUGUCAGUGGGUGAAAGUCAUAAGCUCUGGACCAAAUGCUCCAUCAAAAUGU